AUGGCUGCCGCUGUUGAACAGCAACAGCCCUCUCGUCUUACUCCACCUUUGUCACCGUUGUCACCACCUCCUUCUUCGCCAGCCACCAUUCGAUCGCCUUCUCCAAUAGAGUUUGAUGCGUUUCCACUCGUUAAUGAAAACCCACCUAUCAGAGCGUUAACUGCUUCGCAAUAUUAUCUCAUUCAUGAAACGUAUUAUACUACCCCAUUACCUAAUGAUUUGUUUCCGUGGUUGCAUGGCAUUGAUGUACCAAGACAUCGUGGUCUCACUGUAGUGCAAGCCGAAGAACUGUUAAGAUCUCAACUUGUAGGCUCUGUUAUGCCAACUGAUAUAUUAGAUUACGGAGAUCCUGAAGAUCCUGACAACAAUUAUUCUGCAAGAAGCUUUUUAAAAAUAAUGGAUACUGAAGGAAUUAAUUUAAGGAAUUUUAAGAUUCAAGUAGCGAAAUAUGCUACGAUUUCAGACAUUAUUGUAUAUGGAGAGAAUGGUUUGAACGAAAAUGUAUUAAAUAUCGCUAAACAAAUGGCAUGGGCACAACAGAAUUUUAGAGAAGAAAACCCAAAUAUAUUGGAGUAUGAAGUAUUCGUGAUAGUUGAGCCAUUUUCCUUAUUUGAAGAAGAAUAUCCGGAACUUGUCGCCGUCGAUAGUCAAGGUAUUAUACAUAAUAAAAUCGAUUUUUCGGAACAAGAAAGAGAGGAAAUGCGAAUACUCACUUCGGCUUCAGAAAUUUCAACGAAUGUUUGGUUGGGUAAUACACAAGAUGUUCCCAUCUCUAAUGGAUUGGACCCGUUAAAUCCAGCUGAUUCUGCCAUUUCAUUGAUUGAUGAUAACCCGCAUCAAUUCUAUGUCUGCAUAGAAUCACAUGAUGUUGCCGAAAUACCAGAUAAAGACACUCUUUGCUUCAUUACUGAGCAAUUGGCACAAAUACCUCAAUCAAGGAUACCUAUUGAUGAUAUUGUUCAUCUUGAUUGCAUAUCUACUGGUCUUGGAUUUAAUACUCCAGAUGUCUUUGAUUUUGCAAUCACAAGAUUAUUAGACCUCUGUGAAUUCAUUUCGGAUCAAACAAAUAAUUUUGGUCACAAAAUUUUGAUUUAUUGCACGGAUGGUUACACAGAAACCUCACUUUUUGCUCUCACGUAUCUCAUGUUACACGAAAAUUUGAGUCUUCCACAAGCGUAUUUAAAACUUCAAAAGAUUCGUAGUUUUUUUGUAUAUCCACAUGAUGUGGAUACAUUAACAAGAAUUGAGAAGUGUAUAUUUGAGAGAAAAGGAAUUAGUGAAGAUGAAACAUCAAGACAAGAGGAAUUUCCAUGGUUCUAUUCUAAUGUAUUUUUUGAAGGAAGUUUUCCGAGCAGAAUUUUACCAUUUUUAUAUUUGGGCAAUUUAAAUCAUGCUUGUAAUGCAAGUAUGUUAAAAUCUCUUGGAAUAACUCAUGUUUUAUCCGUUGGAGAAGAUUCCAGACUAGAUAAUAAGGAUUUUGAAGUACAAUACUUGAAUAAUUUAUUUGAUGAUGGAAUAGAUAGUCUUUGGAAUCAUUUAGAUUCUUGCGUUAAUUUUAUUGAAAGAGCUCGUAUUUUAAAUGGUAAAAUUCUCAUUCAUUGUCGUGUAGGAGUUUCUCGUUCCGCUACCAUCACAAUUGCAUAUAUCAUGCGACAUCUGGGUUAUUCUCUUAUUUCUUCUUACCUGUUUGUUCGUGCUAGACGUCUCAAU